AUGGCUAGGGAUUUUCUUGGAAGGAGUGCAGGCAUUGGGAUCGAUCUGGGAGUCUUCCUAGGUUUCCCCCCUGCACAGCAUCAUGAUCUAGAGACUACUAGGGUUCGCAGAACUUUUACUGAGGUGGCUCAACCUUGGUUACCAGAGAUUGAGACUUUACCGUCGCCGAUCCAGGAUGGCAAUUUGACGCGUGUCAAGAUUCUGCAAGCAGCGUACGUGGAGCAGGUAAACAAACAUAAAUUCUCUCUUAUAGGGAGGUUGAACUUUCGCUCCACGACGAUGGAGGAGCUGCGGAGAGCUUCAAAGCAAUGGGCGUUGAAAGGGGAGGUGAUUAUGUGUUCUAUUGGCAAGGGGUUCGUGGUUUUUCAUUUUAGCAACGCCGACGAUAUGACCAACAUCUGGAGGAGAGGACCACUGCGGGUGGGAGGACGAAGUUUGCACUUCCAGCAGUGGCAUAAAGAUUUUAUAGUAGAAGAUCAAGCCCUGAUGCACCGCUUGUCGUGGAUUCAUUUGCUAAAUUUGCCGCAGGAAUACUGGCAUAGUGACAUUCUUCUUUCCAUCACAAAAGUUGUGGGAAGGCCGAUCGCCAUCGAUAAAAAGACGAUGAGUUCUACCUACGGUCACUUUGCUCGGGUUUGUGUUGAUAUCGAUGAUUCCCUUCCUAGGGUUGAAGAGGUUUAUGUAGAGAGGGAACAAGCAGGGUUGUCGGAGCUCUUUGUGUUCAGGCAACCGGUGGAGUUUGAAGCCCCUCCAACUAGGUGUAUUGGGUGUAAGCAUUUUGGCCACCAAGUGGAUGCAUGCCCCAGGAAAGAGCAAGUUGUUACAGUGGCUAAAGAGGUCCCCAGUGCUACCUUUGGGAAUGAUCUGCCUAAGUAG